AAGGACUGGCCAGACUAAAAAGGACGGACUUUGGGGGAAUGCAGGAUUCCAGCCCUGGGCUGCGGCCCGGAGGAGAUGAUGUCACCACUUCUGCAAGAGAGGGCCGAGGGUGGGGCGGCCGAGGGGGAGCCCGCGCCGCGCCUGCAGCUGCCAAGGGAGCGUUCCCGAGCCCACGUCAGGGGAGGUGUCGGGAUAAAUAGGUCCCGCAAUGGCCGGGACUGGCUGCGCUCGGAGCUACCAGGGCGGGUUCACGCCCCGGAGGCUGAGGGCUGGUGCUACUCGUGCUGUGCGCGUCGGACGGCGUAUACUCCCAGCCGGCCCCCGCGGCCCAGCGUUGCUGCCCACGGGAGUUUGGGACGAGCACAACGCCUGUGCCCUAAAGGACUUCCUCCUUCGGGAAGGGAGAGAGAAAGCCUAGGGGGACGGGGAGAGAAGGGCCCGUUCUGCCUGUCGGGGUGGAGGCGCGGGAGAGCAGUGCCAUGCUCCUCUCCAUCCUGACCGCGCUCUGCCUGUGGCUGCGCCUGGCGCUGGGCGUGCGCGGCGCGCCGUGCGAGGCAGUGCGCAUCCCCAUGUGCCGGCACAUGCCCUGGAACAUCACGCGGAUGCCCAACCACCUGCACCACAGCACGCAGGAGAACGCCAUCCUGGCCAUCGAGCAGUACGAGGAGCUGGUGGACGUGAACUGCAGCGCCGUGCUGCGCUUCUUCCUCUGCGCCAUGUACGCGCCCAUCUGCACCCUGGAGUUCCUGCACGACCCCAUCAAGCCGUGCAAGUCGGUGUGCCAGCGCGCGCGUGACGACUGCGAGCCCCUCAUGAAGAUGUACAACCACAGCUGGCCCGAGAGCCUGGCCUGCGACGAGCUGCCUGUCUACGACCGGGGCGUGUGCAUCUCGCCCGAGGCCAUCGUCACUGACCUCCCGGAGGACGUUAAGUGGAUAGACAUCACUCCAGACAUGAUGGUACAGGAAAGGCCUCUUGACAUCGACUGUAAACGCCUAAGCCCUGACCGGUGCAAGUGCAAAAAGGUGAAGCCGACCCUGGCGACGUACCUGAGCAAAAACUACAGUUACGUCAUUCAUGCCAAAAUAAAAGCUGUGCAGAGGAGUGGCUGUAAUGAAGUAACUACAGUGGUGGAUGUGAAAGAGAUCUUCAAGUCCUCAUCACCCAUCCCUCGAACUCAAGUCCCACUCAUUACGAAUUCAUCCUGCCAGUGUCCUCACAUCCUGCCCCACCAAGAUGUUCUCAUCAUGUGUUAUGAGUGGCGCUCACGGAUGAUGCUUCUUGAAAAUUGUUUAGUUGAAAAAUGGAGAGAUCAACUUAGUAAAAGAUCCAUACAGUGGGAAGAGAGGCUGCAGGAACAACAGAGGACAAUCCAGGACAAGAAGCGCACAGCGGGGCGCACCAGCCGCAGUAACGCCCCGAAACCCAAGGGGAAGCCGCCUGCCCCCAAACCAGCCAGCCCCAAGAAGAACAUUAAAGCUAGGAGUGCUCCAAAGAGAACAAACCCAAAACGAGUGUGAGCUAACUGCUUUCCAAAAUGGGGACUUCCUCUCCGGGUGAGGCCAGGCAUUACCCACGCAGCCUGUAGAAGGCCGUACACCCCUUGCCUUAACAACUGCAGUCCUUUUCAUAGACACGUCUUGCAGCAUUUUUCUUAAUGAUAUGCUUCAACUUUUCUUUUUAAGUCACUCCAAGCCAUAGUGGUAGGUAUGCCUUUUGGUAUGGAAGGUAUAUGAAAGCUGGUCGAAAGAGCUUAUUGAGUUGAGAAUAAACCAUGUGCAUACUCUGUGGGAGCUCCACGUGGGGAAAGAUGCUUUUGUUCUUACAAUUUGACCUAAUAUGUGCAUUGUAAAGUAAAUGCCAUACUACAAACAAAA